AUUGAUUGAACCAUUUGUCAGUCGAGCCCUAGUUUCAAUGAGCCAGCGCGUGUGGGCGGAGCCUGUGUAUUAGGAGACCCUGUGCGCUUCUUCUUGAGGGUCCUAUGACGGGUCAUCAUGGAUGAAACUGAGCUAAGAAGACUGUCAACUGGCCAUGUGUUUUGUGUGCUAGCGGUUGUUUUAUCACUAUGCUUGCCGCCUCUCCUCCUAGAUAAUUUUUCUCUCCUAGGAACACACUUAACAUGGUUGUGUAUUUGCUCUGGAUUUGUUGCUGUUUUUAAUAUUAUAUUAUUACUAGUGCUGAAGCCUAAUCCUUCAUCUAAGAGAAGUUCAUUUGCAAACAAGGCAAGCAAGUUUUUACGGUCCUGUAUCUACUUUCUCAUUUCCUGUGUGCUGUUUCAUGGGAUUAUUGUUUUGUACGGAGCUCCCCUUGUUGAAUCAGUUGUAGAAACCUUUUUAUUUGCUGUUCUUUUAUCCUGUUACACCACCUCACGGUGCUUGUGCAUACUGGGACCAAACUUCCAUACAUGGAUCCGUGUGUUUAGUAAAGAUGGGGCAAUGUCUGUUUGGGAUCACAGUCUACAAAUAACAACUUUGUGCAGUGUGGUUGGAGCCUGGCUAGGAGCCUUUCCUUUACCAUUAGACUGGGAAAGACCUUGGCAGGUAUGGCCAAUUUCAUGCUCUCUAGGUGCUACUUUAGGGUAUGUGGCUGGUCUUCUUAUUGCUCCCACGUGGAUUUACUGGAACAGGAAGCGACUGACCUACAAAAGCCGAUAACAAGAGCCAUGUCUUUUCUUUAUGUGCAGAUUCCCUAAAGUAAAUGGAAUUUAGUGCGUUCUAAGCAGACAAAUAUAGAAAUCCUGUUGAAGCGAUAAUUCCCAAGUCCAGAUGGUUUGCCAAAGCUGUUCCAAAUACUGUUAUUUUGUGGCACUAGCUUGUAUAAAUUAUAACCCUGAGAAACUGUACCGUCCCUUCAAAAGACUUGUACCAAACGCUCUCCCCUUUUUGAUGCAUUUUCUCUUGGAAGUCUGGAAAGUCGGUCAAUAAAAUGAUUUUGCAGCUGUGGUACAAA